AUGAAAUUGUUUUCCACGGCUAGAAAUAGAAAGAUAUUAUUUGCUGCUAUUCUUUCCAUUUGUGCAUUAAGCUCGAAGAAUAUCUUAAUCUAUAAUGAAGAAAUGAUAGUAGCUCGUUGUUUUAUAGGCUUUAUCAUAUUCAGUCGGAAGAGUUUAGGUAAGACUUUCAAAGUGACUCUCGACGGGAGAAUCCAGGCUAUUCAGGAAGAAUCGCAGCAAUUUCCCAAUCCUAACGAAGUAGUUCCUCCGGAAUCCAAUGAACAACAACGAUUACUUAGGAUCAGUUUGCGAAUUUGUGGAACCGUAGUAGAAUCAUUACCAAUGGCACGCUGUGCGCCUAAGUGCGAAAAGACAGUGCAAGCUUUGUUAUGCCGAAACCUAAAUGUUAAGUCAGCAACACUUCCAAAUGCCACUUCUUCCCGUCGCAUCCGUCUUCAGGACGAUCUAGUCACAGGUUUUCACUUCUCAGUGAGCGAAAGAUUUGUCCCCGGGUGUACGUUGAAAGCUUCUAUAGUAGAACUCAUUCGAGAGGGCUUGGUGGUCUUAAGAAUGGUUCGGGAAGGGGGUUGUUCUAAAAUAAAGUGA